CUCUUCCCUCCAUAUUUUAAAUUUUGUUUUUAUAUUUUAUUUAAAAGUUAGAAUGUAGUGUCCUAAAUUCUAAAUUACAUUUUCUAAAUAUAAUUUCUACAAUUCUAAAUACAUUUUCUUGCCUUACCACAGUGAAGGCCAGCAGACGUAGAUGACAUGUUUGUUCUCUCUACCAGGAUUUACCAGUCGGUCCAAUCAAAGUUGGAGGGGUAAAAUCAAAAAAAGUGAGCUAGAGUGUCUCAUAAGACUCUUCUACAGCUUGGUGGGAAGAGCUGGUGGAAGAUUUGGUAACAUUGGGCUAGAUUGUAACACAUUUCGAGGAAUCCUGUACAGCGUAUUUGGAAUGACUGAUGAUAUGUUGAUGAAUAGGGUGUUUUUUGCAUUUGACAAAGACAAUGAUAACUACAUAAAUAUUAAAGAAUGGGUUAAAGGAUUAUCAGUGUUUCUUCGAGGAACUUUUGAAGAAAAGCUGAAGUUCUAUUUUGAAGUUUAUUUGAAUGGAGAUGGUUACAUUUCUCAAGAGCAAAUAUUUGACAUGUUGAAGAACAGUCUACACCAACAGUCUUCUGAAGAAGAUACUGAUGAAGUAAUAAAAGAACUGGUAGAUAUAACACUGAAGAAAAUGGAUUAUGACAAUGAUGGCAAGAUAUCUCUUGCAGACUUUGAAAAAGCAGUAAGAGAAGACAGACUUCUGUUGGAGGUGUUUGGACCAUGUUUACCAGAAGCAAAGGUAUAGUUACUAGUGCCAACAGCCCAAAUAGAUUCAGGAAAAAUUUUAAAGGGUCAGAAAGUAAUACUUGCUAGACACUCUCCUCUGUUGAGCUGCAGCCCACUGCUGAAAUUAGGGCAAUCAUUGAGAGUUUAGCCCCAUCCUGGCAUUUGGGCCCCAAGAAGACAUUCAUGAUUAUUUCAGUAACUAUAUUCAAGACUUUCAUUGAGCUUUUAACCUCUUUAGCAACACACAAUUCCUGUUUCCUGUAAGUAUGGUGUAUUUCCCAAACCAAAUCUAGGGUAUAUUGGCUUAAGGGUUAGAACACUGAAUGAAGAGUUUCAGCAAGUAUACCACAAACUACUAGAACACUUGAUCCCUUUCAACCCAAUUGCCGUCAAUGUUUUUAAAAUUUUGGAGACAUAGAGUACUUUGUGCUUAUGAAAGUUUUUCAUGUAUGCAUCUGACAAAAGUUUCCUGAGCUGCAAGUGUCAGUCUAAUAAUUGAUUUGGCCUUAACAUAUUCUUCCUUUAUCAACUGUACUUUUCAAACACUGGUAUACAAAAGCACUUUUUUUUUUUCUUUUUUGAGACAGUCUCCCUCUGUUGCCCAUACUGGAGUGCAGUGUUGCA